GUAUCGAUAUUGAACGAUAGUUGCAAUCGAUUGUGAUACUGCGAUAACAUAUGACGAAAAGUGUUGGCGAUUGAUUGCAUUUAAGAAUUGUAUUUUAUUUAUGACUGCUCGUUGUCAAAACAAAUAAACUGCUUCUAGAUGGACGCCAAGUUAGAUAUGUUUGAGGACGUCAACACAUCGCCCUCGCUGGAGGGUGACAUGUCUAUACCGGGCAAACGGACCACAACAACAACAUCACAGAAUGGAGUGCCAGAUUACAAUACGUUGGACGAACCAAUUCGGGAAACAGUGCUGAGGGAUAUACGCGCCGUUGGCAUCAAGUUCUAUCAUGUGCUCUAUCCCAAAGAGAAGUCGAGUCUGCUGCGCGAUUGGGAUCUGUGGGGACCUUUGGUGCUGUGCACCUUUAUGGCGACGAUAUUGCAAGGCUCCUCGUCCGCCGACAGCAUGUCCGACAAUGGCCCUGAAUUCGCUCAAGUCUUUGUUAUUGUUUGGAUAGGUGCUGCCAUUGUAACACUCAACUCCAAGCUGCUAGGUGGCAAUAUCUCAUUCUUCCAAUCGGUUUGUGUGCUUGGCUAUUGCCUCACUCCGGUGGCAUUGUCUUUGAUCAUCUGUCGCGUCAUCUUGUUGUCCACGCAGACACGUUUUCUUUUCUUCUUGCGCUUCGUCACCACAACACUCGGAUUCACCUGGGCUACGUAUGCAUCCUUCAUCUUUCUGGGUCAAAGUCAACCGCCACAUCGCAAGCCGCUUGCCGUGUAUCCAAUUUUCCUGUUUUUCUUCAUCAUAUCGUGGCUGGUUCUAUCGCAUAAUUAAUACUAUGCUUAGUUGAUAAAAUGUUCGUACUUUCCAUAGCAUAACCAAAUCGAUUGUAAAUUUAUAUAUAAUUUGAAAACUGUGACCGCACCUUGCUUAAGGUAGAAAUAUGGGCUAUAUUUUUGUUGGUUUAUUUAAUUCUUAAAAUCUUACAAAUUACAUAUGUAUGUGUGAUCGUAUUUUACACGUCGAGACUGUUGGCUGACGAGGCAACUUCGAGGGACAUUUGCAUUUGAACACCAUCGCCUUUGGUGGGUCGAUAAGUCAAGGAAUUGGCCCGCGCCUUGCGGCCCAUAAAAUGUCGUUCCACCCAUUUGAGCAGCGUAUACACGGAGUCAGUCGAGGGCAAACGAUGAUCGGCAGCGGUCUUCACAAUAUCCGAGGAUGUGACACGGAAUGUACGCGCCAUACCCUUGAGCGCCUGUUGUGUGAUAAUGAAAAUAUACAAUCAGAGAUAAUCCUCACUUUCUC